ACCGUCGAGGGUUCAUUCUUCAAAUUACAUCAUGUCUGCCCCGCUUCUUGCUCACUGCCUCAACGCCGAGUGGACACCUGCUAUGAUCGAGGCCCAACCUCUCUCGAUUGAUACGGAAGGAAACCUCGUCGUUGUCCUUGACAACGUCUUGACACUGGACGAGUGCGAGAAGCUCAUCGCAUUUUCCGAAGGAAGCGACAAGGGCUACGAACCUGCGCUGACCAACGUUGGCUAUGGCAUCCAGCAGCUCCGUCCCGAGAUUCGGCACAGCGACCGCUGCAUUCUGUACGACACGGCAACGGCGGCGACCUUGUGGCACCGCAUCAAGGAUCAUCUUCCCCCGACAUUUCGAGACCGCGCGCUCAGUGGCAUCAAUGAGAGUCUCCGGUUUCUGCGCUACGGCGUCGGCCACCACUUCACACCCCACUACGAUGGCAAUUAUAACCGCGGCGACGGCGAGUACUCGGUGCUCACGGUGCAAUUCUACUUGAACUCGGUCGAGAAGGGCGGCGAAACAGGCAUGUGGAUCGGAGAAGGCGAGAUGCUUGUCAUGCCCAAGCCUGGCCGCGUCCUCAUCUUCCAGCACCGGGUGUACCACUCGGGCGAGCCAGUGAAAGCGGGCAUCAAGUACGCGAUUCGAUCCGACAUCAUGUCGCGGCCGGCCGAGUGA